AUGGAGAGCACCAACGAGAAGCUCGACUUCCAGCAGUCGACAGGGCCAGCCUACUCCCAGGUCGUCGCAUUGAAUGCCAACAUUACUAAGGCCGACACGACGAUAGUGCCGCAACGCAAGCAUUCAUGGGAUAGAAAAAAGAGGCGCGCCAUACUCGCGGGAGUAAUUGUAGCGGCCGUCGUUCUCACUGUGAUCUUCGGGUCAAUCCUCGGGGCACGAGCCACCGAAGGUGACGAGGUUCUCCUGAGUCUCCGCAGCCGUGACUACCUCCACAACGCCAUCACCGGCACAACAACACCCACGCCCUUAUACCCAUACCCAACCUCAACCGCAACCCCCGGCGGCGGCCACGGCGGCAACGUCACCAUCUCGCCCCGGCGAGACCUAGGCAUCGGCCACGGCGGCCCCAUCGGCGGCCCGGACUCGCUGAUCGUGUGGCAGCUCAACAACCGCCGCGCGCUGUCGUGGAAGGAGCCAGGAAGCACCAGCACCAGCAACAGUGAAUGGCACGCCGCCGCGUCGUCUCCCCGAUCCUUCGCGGUCGCGCCCACGGCCGUGGCUAUUGCCGGUGGUGACAAUGAAGAGCGGAUUGCACUCGCGCUUGAUAGGCGGGGAGGUGUGCUUUAUGCGCGGUACCGAGACGGCGUGUGGGAGGACCGUUGGAAAGGACUCGGGGGCUUAACCCGACCGGCGGCGGCGAGGCCGGCGGCUGUCUCUGUCGUCGAGGGGCGAGUGGAUGUGUUUGUUGUUGAUGCAGCAGGGAGAGUGUACCAUGGGGUCUUGGACGGGGCCGAGUGGGGAGGCUGGGCAGAAAUUGGGUCCGGGUUCGUGGGCGAGAUAGCUGUCACGGGGUGGGAGGGGGAUGGGAGGAUUGACGUAUUUGGGCGGACCGCGACUGGGGGGGGAAAGGGUAUUGUCAAACACCGAGUCUGGAGCAGCAACGGUGAUGGGGACUGGCAGGGCGGAUGGGAAGAUCUUGGCAGCCCGAGCCAAAGCUCGUGGGUCGGGCCGUUCGGGUCGCCAUUGGCGGUUGUGUUUGCCGACGAUGCAGGGGACAUGGCGAUCGACUUGGUGCAGGUCGUCGAGAAUAUGGGCACGCACCAUAAGCUCUAUUCUGGUGGUCAGUGGGGGGAAUGGCGGCUGCUCUCGGCUAGCCACGAGGGUUACGAGUUUGCCAACACUCAGGCCCUGAUCGGACGUCCCGGAGGAGCAGGCAGCAAGCCAGAAGAUGAUACGUCGUUGCCUGCAGCUCACCUCUUCUCCCGCGGUACGGACAACUGCAUACACUACAACUCCUUCAACGGCACCGAUUGGACCUUCUGGAACUAUCUGUGGUGCUACGAUACGCAAGGUGUCAAUACCUGGCAGACACAGUAUCUCUCGCUUGCCGCUGGAUUCAAUUCCGGGAAUGGAGCUAUCGAUCUGGUGGCGGAGACCGUGGCAGGCGAGCUGCUGUACGUGACCUUGGGGGUUCCCGUCGAUGAAGACAGUCGGUUUGGUGAAGUGCCGUGGGUCAACAUAGGAGCAGCACCGGCUUGA